AUGUCCGCGGACUUAUUAGCAGAGUUCGGCCAGGGCUCUGGCUCUGGCUCUUCGCAGAGUGCCGCACAGCUGCCGCAGACAGUACGACCGAAAACAAACUCGCUGAUAGACGGAUUUGAUCAAACAGACGAUAUUUUCUUCGGCGAGACCUCACAUACCUCGCAGGACUGGCAGCAGAGCCCGCGGUUGGCAUCACCACAAAGUCAAUAUGCAUCCGCAGCUCCCCGCCAGUCUGCUGUCUAUCCAACAUUUGAUCUCCCUCGGCAGCACGACAGUGAUGUGCUGUUUGAUGCCACAGAGGAUGCCCCUGCCAGUGAUACUGAUGAUGACUGGGGCGAUUUCGAGGGUCCAGAGGCUACCCUGCAGAGCCAGCCGCGGCAAUCGUCAGUUAUAACACCAAAAGCGCCAGUUAGAGCACCAGCACCAGCGCCACAAAAUCUCCAGGAUCCAAGUCUAGCCGGAACUAUCGACUUACUAGGCGGGCUGUCAACGGCUGAAUCGACACCAAGUCCAACUCAACCAUCUCAAUUUGGAGCCAGGAAUCAUUCACCUCAAACAGGUUGGGAGAACGACUCAUUUGGGGACUGGGGCAAAUUCACAGAGGCUCAGAUUGCACAGGCAGCUCCACCAAAAGCUUCCCCGCGGCAAAACCAAAAGAGAACGCCUGUGAAGUCAUUGCUCGAAGAUGAUUCUUUUGGGGAUUGGGGUGACUUCACAGAGGAGCCAUCCGCCAACCUUCCACCACCAAAAGCAUCGCCCAAGAAACAGCCUUCUCUAAGGGCCGGUGCUCCCUCCAAAACCACCCCCAUGAAGGCCACUCCCAAUAAAGCUAGUAUACCAACCAAGGCCCUUGCAGCGACAAGAGCAACAACGUCUGUCCAACCCAACAAUCCCGCUAAACCCAAUUCUACCCAACCCCCGUGGGAAGACGACGCCUUCGACGACUGGGGUGACUUUGGCGAUGGCCCAGCACAACCCAACCCCAAUUGUACCUCACUAUCACCACCAACAAGCCUAUCCCCGCAAAGCUUCGCCUCAAACACGCCAUCCUCAACCCCAACAGUCCGACCAACCAACAUCCCGCCCCCAUCCAUCCUUCUCGAACACCUAAUCGACCAGCUAAACAACCUCCAAAAAGAAGCCCAAACCGCCAAAACCCUCCCCCAACCCCAAAAAGCCACCACAGCCACCAAAAUCCACAACACCCUGCACAUAGCAGCCCGCAUAAUUGCCGGCCGCACUCACCGCUGGAGACGCGACACCAUCCUCGCCCAAAGCAUGCGCAUCGGGCCCGCUCGCGCCGGAAAACCCGGCGGCAUGAAGCUCAGCGCCGUCAACAAGCAUGAGGACGUGAAAGAAGAGCAGGACGCCGUCGACGUGCUGGGUCUCUGGCGUGAGCGCGCCGCGCUCUUCAACUCUGUCGUCCAGGCUGCGGGCCAGAAACCUAUUCCUGUUGUGUCGGACCCCGCGGCGCUAAAGGUUGUUACGGUGCGGGCAGAGCUGGGGGGAAUCAAAGCUGGGCAUGCUUGUGCGCUUUGUGCGUUGAAGAGGGAUGAGAGGGUUUUGAGGGUUGAUGAGGAGGUUGUGCAGGAUAAUUUUGGGGAGUGGUGGACGGAGCAUUGGGGGCAUACGGGGUGUCGGGCUUAUUGGGAAGGGAAUCGGGGGUUGCUUAUGCAGCGAUGA